AUGUCUGCUGAGGCUAGAAAGCUUCGAGUUGCCAUCUGCGGUGGGGGCAUCAGUGGACUCUGUUUGGCCGUCGCACUUUCUCGACAUGACCAUCUCCAGGUCGAUAUCUGGGAAGCAACUGAGCGGUUCAAAGAGCUAGGAGCUGGAUUGAUGGUAUUCUCUCGCACAUGGCGUAUCUUCGAAUUGCUUGGCCUGUCGUCCAGUUUUACCUCUGCAACCCACACAAAACCAGAGCCAUCGGCAGGGUAUCAUUAUCGGAGGUCUGACAUUUGGCCGGAUGGGUUUGACUGGCAUUUCGUUCCUUUCCCUUAUGGCUGCCGGACCUUCCAUCGUGCGCAUUUUCUUGAUGUGUUUGUGGAACAUCUACCGCCAGGUGUCGCCCAUUUUGGAAAGCGUCUUGAAACAUAUGAGGAGCAACUAGAGGGCGAGAUAAAACUCCGGUUUACGGAUGGUACGACUGCAAGUUGCGAUCUACUUGUAGGAUGCGACGGAAUCAAGUCGACUGUUCGCAAGCAGAUGCUGAGGGCCAAAGCACAGAGUCAAGGAAACAACGGGCUUCUGGGCCUGAUCAAGCCCAUCUGGACUGGUACAAUCGCCUAUCGCGGGCUUGUCCCGGCCACUAAGCUGAUAGGCCUCGACGGGCAAAGACAUAGGACAUUGGACUCACCCAUGAUGAAGUAUUGUGGAAAGAAUAAACAUAUCGUCGCCUACGCUAUAUCACGAGGGGAGAUGGUCAACGUUGUUGCGUAUGUGACUGACCUUGGGAAGGAAAAUACCACACCAGACAGUUCCGACUGGGUUGUGGCAUGCGAUCAACAAGAAAUGUUGCAAGCGUUUUCUGGUUGGGAACGCGACGCCUUUGUGUUACUCGAGAACAUCGAAACACCCACUAAAUGGAAUAUACAUCGGCUGUCUCCUCUUCCUCAAGCCAUGGAGAAACGAGUGGUCUUGAUGGGUGAUGCGCUUCACGCAAUGACUCCCCACCUCGGCGUCGGUGCAACAAACGCUAUCGAGGAUGCUUUCAUUCUGGAAACUCUGCUAGCCAAAUGCGAUUCACACAGUCUAGACUCUGCACUCAUGGCAUACGAGGCUAUCCGCCUGUCUCAAGCAAAUCGCGUGUUAGAGCUCUCUGACGAGGCAGGGAAGAUGUUUGAGUUCAAUAGCUCGUAUCAGAAGCUGGAGGUUCUGGGCCCAGCUAUCUCAAACCAGUGGGCCUUUCUCACCUCAACGACCCCCGAGGAUGAAGCGAAGAGAGCUUUGGCAUUAUUGACUUGA